GCCUAUAUCCUUUCAUUUCCGCACGAAUUCUGUUGAUUCAUCUUCACCAGAGAUAGUCUAGCUGUUGUAAAGACAAAGUUUAUAUUGUGUUGUGCAAUGUACGUGAUUUGAAGAGGCUACGCCGAUCGACUGAUCUCAAGCCGCAUUGGCUGCCUAACGAGCUUGUAGGCCUAUUACACAAAUCUUCUUGAAGAUUACAAGUCAAACAGAAUUCAAUUACGAAAGUCUGGGACAUGUUGAUACUAAACUGAGAGACAUUCAAGGUAUGGGCUAAAUUUAAUUUGAAGCAUAUGAGUGAUCGAUCUGCUCACACACACACACCAAAAAUGUUUUACUUAAAAUCAACACUUGGAGCCUUUAUUGAACUUAUCCUUUUGUUUUGGGGCUGUGCCACUGUGAAGACAGCAGCCACAUUCAAUGACAGGCCAAUAAUAGGAAUCUUAGCACAAGAUACUAAUUCACCCUAUGGUAAGACCUACAUCUCAGCAACCUAUGUGAAAUUUAUGGAGCAGGCAGGUGCUAGAGUGGUGCCAAUAAGAGGUGGCCAGCCUUUAGAAUACUAUGGACAAAUGGUUAACUAUACUAAUGGCAUAUUAAUUCCUGGUGGAAGUGUGAACUUAAAUACUAGUCUUCUGGGGAGGUCAGCAAGAAUUAUUUAUGACUUAGUUAUACAGGCUAAUGAUAGGGGAGACUACUACCCGCUGUGGGGUACCUGCAUGGGCUUUCAGGUCCUAUGCUUUUUAACUCAAGGAGAAAAUCUCUUAAAAGGAACUGAUUCGAACAAUGCCUCUUGGCCCUUAAAUUUUACAUCAGGGUUUCGGAAGAGUAGAAUGUUUGGCUAUGCUCCUGAAGAAAUCAUUCAAAUUUUAGCCCAGCAACCAGUUACACAGAAUGAGCACAGCUACAGCAUUCUAUUGCCAGAUUUUGAAAAUUCAAAAUUGUCCAAGUUUUUUUCUAAACUUUCCACAAACCUAGAUAGAAAAGGAAAAGAAUUUAUCUCCACAGUAGAAGCUAAAAACUAUCCUAUCUAUGGAGUUCAGUGGCAUCCAGAAAAGAACAAUUUUAACUGGAACCCUAACUAUGUUAUAAAUCAUAAUAGAGAUGCAGUGAAAGUCAGUCAGUAUAUGUCUGACUUUUUUGUGAAUGAAAGUAGAAAAAAUCUACACAAGUUUCCUACUGUUCAUGAUGAAGCUGUGAACAUGAUUCAAAACUUUAAAAGGGUUUAUUACCCAGAUAAUACUUUUUUUGACUUCUAUUUUCCUGAUCUUUGAAAGAGGGGGAGAUAACUCUAGACAUUUUUUUGUAAAAUGUAGAUUAACUUUGUGUCAAUAGUUGUCAAUAGUUAUCAAUAGAAAUUUGUCUGAAUAGAGAGAAGAAAAAACUUGUAUCAAUUUAUAUGUUCUUUUAUAAAAUAAAAAUUUUUCAGUUAGUUUUAUAUUAUAAUCUUUAUGUAGUUUUCAAGAAGGCCGUGGGAUAGACAUUUGAGACCAAAAGAAAAUCCGCUCCCAAGGACAGACGCCAAUGGCGUAAAGAAGAUCUUAAUCGAACACCGGCGGACAAUGGUUAUGCUUGCCCUGGAUGUGGCAAAAUAUGUAGGUCACAGCUGAGGCUGCAUAGCCACGGAAGAUACUGCAUUCCUAAUUAAUCUUCGGACUUGAAGACAAGCCUUAUUAUUAUUAUGUAUUUUUCAUAUUGUCCUACAAAUAUUGUGAUAUUAAUGUUGCCUUACAAUAUGCUGAUAUUAAUUAACUGAGAUUAAUGUUUCAAUGCUAACUUUCAAAUCUAUCAUAUUGUACUCAUAAAAUAGACAGUUAUGUUUUCCGUAGUGUUUUACACAUUAGUGAAAUUUCAUUGAAAUCGCUCAUUUAAUGUUAUGCAAUAAAAAAAAAACCCAACUAAAUAUUGGUGUGUGCUACAUAUAAAUUCUGUUUUUUUUUUUUACACGUUUUGGAAGUUCCUUCUGAACAUCACUUUUACAUCCUAGCCAACAUUUCCAGUUGGACAGCAGGGAUGACUGAGCAGGAUUGAGCCCAGGACCAUGACGGUCCAGAGGACCAUGCAGCCAUCGAAAUUCUAUUUGGAACUGCUGCCUACAAAUAAUGAAUUUCUUUGGUACAAAAUUUUCACUUUCAAAGUGAUUAGAAAAGUAAACCUAGUGAUUUCAAUUAAAGCUUUCAAUCAAACUAAAUUAAGCCAAUUCUAGAACGGCAGACUUUGCCACAAUUCAUACAUGUGUAUACCUCUGAUUUAGGGCUAGCGGACAGGGCAGCUUUCUUUUUUUCCCUCUUGAUUAAGGCCGCUUCAAUUUUUUUGUUCUCAGCAAGGGUUGUCCCAGCACGCACAGUCUGUCUCCAUGCACUCCGGUCUUUGGCUAUGUUUUCCCACAUACUUUCGCUGAUGCCUGAGGCUCUCAUGUCUCGCUUGCAGACAUCUCUAUAUGUUAGUCUUGGGCGCCCUUGGGUCUGACUCCUUCCACAAGCUCAGCAUAUAAGAUAUCUUUUGGGAUUCUACAUCUGGCAUGCGGGUGACAUGUCCGAGCCAGCGUAAUCUUCUUUGUGUCAGGAGAGCAUACAUGCUGUUCAUAUUGGCCAAUCUCAAAACUUCCUGAUUGGAGACAUGGUACCUCCAAGAGAUGCCCAUUAUGCGUCUCAGGCAGCGCAAGUGGAAACUAUUCAAUCUGUGCUCUUGGUACAUGUAUGCUGACCAGCUACAACACAGGCGUUGUAGACUAGGAUUUUGGUCGAUGUGGUCAAUUUACCAUUUUCCCAGACGCGCUUGGAGAGUUUUGCCAAUGUUGUGGUAGCUUUUCCUAUCCUUUUUGUCAGCUCGAUAUCUAAGUCUAGGUUACCGGUACGUGACGUUUUGGCGCCGCCGUUUUGGCGCCGCCCUUUUGGCCCCGACGUUUUGGCGCCGGGACGUUUUGGCGCGAGCCGUUUUGGCGACGGGACGUUUUGGCGCGAGAUAUCAUUUGACGAAAAUUUAAUAAGCACGUAGCUAUUUUUAAUGAACCCUUGAAUUCCAUCGACUUAGGCAAAUAACCAUGGUGUCCAUGUAUACUUAACCUAAAGUAUUUUGAGAAACAUGGUACAUGUAUUAUAUUUUUACUUUUAUUAGCAAGUGUUUGGUAUGUAUAGCUGGAGAUACCAUACAGUCAUUAAAUAAACCAAUGUUAAUGUAAACAAAUAAUUGCAUCAAUUUUUAGUCUAUCAUCGUUUCAUUUUGUUUUUAAUUUUAAAGUAGUAUCUUAAAAAACUUUUUUGAAAAAAAGGGUGCCUCUUAAUAAACACACAUACACUAGCCAAAAUGUUUAUUAAAGAAAAUGAUGUGAAAAACAAACACACAUUUACAUUUAGUACUUGAAAAAUAUGUCUUAACACAAACACUCAUGCAAAACAUAGAUAUGAAUAAUUCUUUUAAAAGAAAUAAUACAAUAAACUUACAUAAUGUAUUUCGCGCCAAAACGUCCCGUCGCCAAAACGGCUUGCGCCAAAACGACCUUCGCGCCAAAACGGCGGCGGCGCCAAAAUGUCCUGCUUCGCAAGGUUACUGACAAUUGUUGAACCCAAGUAGGUAAAUUCCUGCAAGACUGAAAGGGUGUGGUUCCCAAUAUGUAUUAUAGGUAUUUCUGCGACGUCUUGUGCCAGAAUUUUGGUCUUGGAGAGACUUAUAGUAAGGCUAAACUCUUGACAAGCAGCCGCUAAGGCGUUCACUAGCUUCUGUAGACCUCCUUGUGAGUGAGAUACAAGUGCCGCGUCAUCGGCAAACAGCAGCUCCCUUAUCAAGAUACGACGCCUUUUGGUUUUGGCUUUAAGACGUGCCAGGUUAAAGAGCCUUUCAUCGGAUCUGCUAUGGAUAUAUAUUCCGUCUUCCAGGGAUUUAAAAGCACUGGUUAGUACGACUGAGAAGAAGAAUGUGGUAACCUUUUAUUUAUUGAAGAAUGUGGUGUUGACAGUAACCUAUUAUUUAUUGAAGAAUGUGGUGUUGACAGUAACCUAUUAUUUAUUGAAGAAUGUGGUGUUGACAGUAACCUAUUAUUUAUUGAAGAAUGUGGUGUUGACAGUAACCUAUUAUUUAUUUAAGAAUGUGGUGUUGACAGUAACCUAUUAUUUAUUGAAGAAUGUGGUGUUGACAGUAACCUAUUAUUUAUUGAAGACUGUGGUGUUGACAGUAACCUAUUAUUUAUUGAAGAAUGUGGUGUUGACAGUAACCUAUUAUUAAUUGCAAUAUGAUAGGAAGUUAUAAGCAGCUUUUUUAAAACCUUGGCAUAAGAAUAGCACAUCUUGUCUCAUUCCAAAGAUGACUAGAUCUCCUAAAAAAUUAUAUUAUUAUUUUUAAAAUUACUACAAUGAAAAAGCACUUAAAAAAAAACAAAAACAAUAAGAACAAUUUGUCUAUAUUAUACGAGGUAUAUACUUUUUAAAAAUAAAUUUAGAACAAAAACAAGUUAAAAUAAAAUAGUCAAUUUCCCAUACACUGUAGUAUUGACACAUUUAUAUUUUCACUACAAAAGAAAAGCUGAGUUUCUCUUCUUUGUUCUGAAGGAGACAUAAAGAGUCUCUUAUACAAGAGCAAAAAACAAACUGCUUAUAACUUCAUAUGACAUCAUAUUCCAUUAGUAGUUUAAUGUAGACACCAAAUUCUAAUACCUAUUGGACUAAUCGUGGAUUUUUCAUGAUCAAAUAAAAUGGAAAAAAAAAAUCGUCCACUUUUAAUUGUCCAUUAUUUUGUUAAAGGCACGUCUCUGUAUCAUGUGCUCACUUUAGUGAUACAUUCAUUUUUGUUAAAGGCACGUCUCUGUAUCAUGUGCUCACUUUAGUGAGACAUUCAUUGUUGUGGAGAUGAUCAUGUCUAUUAUUACAAAAAAUUAGCAGUAGCCUACUUAAAAAAUAUAGGCCAGGCAAAACUCAAUAAGUAGCUGCUUAGAACAUUAUGGUUCAUUCUGUUAACUUCAAUUUAUCAUGGAUACGGCUAAUUGUAAUCUGUUACGUUUUACUUCUUUUUGAACAUAAUAAUUGCUACAAAUUGUUUUGCUCCAAAAUAAGUGAUUGUUGAUCAAGAAGUAGAGCAGACACAUUUGUGUGAACUCUGACUUUUCUUCCUGAACUAAUGCAAUUUGGUAGGUCAUUUAUGUAAAGCGUAUCAGGCUAAAGACUGUUCUGAGUGGCAGGACCAGCCUUAGGCAGCUGCCUUAGUGGGGGCAUCGCACUGCACUCUUACUAUGUUUUUUGAAGAAUAAAUAGCAAAACUUGUUGUCAACGUUAUUGUUGGAGUACACUAGAAUUUUAUAAAAUUGCAUAAUUUUAGUUUUUUAACUGUUUAUCUUUUAAUUUUCUAUUCCUUUUGGGGUCACCAAACUCACUUUCCCUAGGGCUUUAUAUUAUCUAAGGACAGCCUUGUUUGAGGUACACUUGAGUUUACUUUAUUGGUGUUAGUUUGAAGCCAUUCAUUAUUACAGUUUGUUCUUUCCAUGUCAAGAAAUACUGAAAAAAUUGGUGCAGUUAUGCUGAAAUAUCAUAAGUUUUUAAGCCAGCUAUGGCGGUGAACUUUAUUAAAUGCCUUAAAAUUAGAAAAAUCUAAUAAAUGUCAUCAUUUGGUUAUUAAUUAACUAAGCCUUUUGAAAAAUCAUCAAUUAGAUCUAUUAGUUGAGUUUCACAUGACCUACAUUUCUUAAAGCUAUGUUGGUAUAUAUUCAUAUAUGUACAAAUAAAACAAAAUGUGCAAUGCAUAUAAACAGAUACAAACAAUUUGAAGAUCUGAAUAUUCUAUUUUUUUCUAUUUCAGGUAGAAAAAAUCUACACAAGUUUCCUACUGUUCAUGAUGAAGCUGUGAACAUGAUUCAAAACUUUAAAAGGGUUUAUUACCCAGAUAAUACUUUUUUUGACUUCUAUUUUCCUGAUCUUUGAAAGAGGGGGAGAUAACUCUAGACAUUUUUUUGUAAAAUGUAGAUUAACUUUGUGUCAAUAGUUGUCAAUAGUUAUCAAUAGAAAUUUGUCUGAAUAGAGAGAAGAAAAAACUUGUAUCAAUUUAUAUGUUCUUUUAUAAAAUAAAAAUUUUUCAGUUAGUUUUAUAUUAUAAUCUUUAUGUAGUUUUCAAGAAGGCCGUGGGAUAGACAUUUGAGACCAAAAGAAAAUCCGCUCCCAAGGACAGACGCCAAUGGCGUAAAGAAGAUCUUAAUCGAACACCGGCGGACAAUGGUUAUGCUUGCCCUGGAUGUGGCAAAAUAUGUAGGUCACAGCUGAGGCUGCAUAGCCACGGAAGAUACUGCAUUCCUAAUUAAUCUUCGGACUUGAAGACAAGCCUUAUUAUUAUUAUGUAUUUUUCAUAUUGUCCUACAAAUAUUGUGAUAUUAAUGUUGCCUUACAAUAUGCUGAUAUUAAUUAACUGAGAUUAAUGUUUCAAUGCUAACUUUCAAAUCUAUCAUAUUGUACUCAUAAAAUAGACAGUUAUGUUUUCCGUAGUGUUUUACACAUUAGUGAAAUUUCAUUGAAAUCGCUCAUUUAAUGUUAUGCAAUAAAAAAAAAACCCAACUAAAUAUUGGUGUGUGCUACAUAUAAAUUCUGUUUUUUUUUUUUACACGUUUUGGAAGUUCCUUCUGAACAUCACUUUUACAUCCUAGCCAACAUUUCCAGUUGGACAGCAGGGAUGACUGAGCAGGAUUGAGCCCAGGACCAUGACGGUCCAGAGGACCAUGCAGCCAUCGAAAUUCUAUUUGGAACUGCUGCCUACAAAUAAUGAAUUUCUUUGGUACAAAAUUUUCACUUUCAAAGUGAUUAGAAAAGUAAACCUAGUGAUUUCAAUUAAAGCUUUCAAUCAAACUAAAACUGUGAACAUUGUGAUAACUUAUGUGAUAUACUUUGUAUGCCAAAUAGUUUCCUUAGAAACUUUUGCGAUAGCAAAAAUGUAUUCCAUAUGCUUAGUCUAUUAGUAUUAAUCUACUAAAAUUUUUGUUGCCGCCAAACUAUUAGUUGAAUAAAAUCUUUGAACAAAAUAAUGUUUGUGUUUUAAUUUGUGUUUUAAUGACAAGUUCUGGUUUGAUUUUAAUAUUUGAAUGUUAUGUCUCUAAAAUUACACUCACGUUCCAGAUAUUUUUACAAUGUUUAACAUUUGGAUGUUAAAGUUUUGCAUAUUAAUUUUGUGAUUAAUAUUUUUAAGCAUUGCAUGUGAUUAUUAUGUCAAAAAUGUUCAAAUUGAAAAUAAAAUAACAUUUGGUCAUGCAA